AUGAAAGAAGCGCAAGUAGUUUUGUUUUCAAAGUCUACUCUGUUACUGUGAUAUAAUAUUUCUCAAUAUAGAAUGUUGUGUGAUAAUUUGUACAUACACAUGUUGUCACUUUUACAGUGUAGCCCUUAUGUGUACAACUAAAGCAAGGGGUUUUUGGAUUGUUAUAAGGCAGCGCACCAUCAAAAUUUGCAAAGAUUUAUAAAUUCAGCCCUGUGCUUAAAAAAGUAAUUUAGAACAAGAUGAAAGUAUCAUUUAAGAGGCAUUUUAUUGUGAGUCCUGUUAUUGUGUGCUAUGUAGGGGGCAGAGGGAUUAGGAUCCCAUACAAGGAUAGAAUGUCAGAUGAAGAAAAACGUGGGAGGGAUAUACACAUAAACACAGUUUUAUACUUUCUAUUAAAAAUGGAAACUAAAUAAAAAAUAAAAAAUACUAUCUUGCUUGAAUAUUUUUAAUGUAUUGGCUGUAGCAGACUUAUACUGAAACAUUGUCUUUUUUUGCAGUGAGCUGGGCUUGUUGGCAAUUGAACCUCCCCCAAGAGAAGACCCCCUUAUAUUUAGCCCAGUUCUGGCAUUCAAAGGUGAGGGUCUGCACACUGAUGCACUUUAUAUACAAUAUGAAAUCUGAAAAUAUCCAUAUUGGAGUCCACUAUAUGCAGAUUUAGACUGCAGGUACUGUUCCCUAACACAUUGUCAAGCCAGUCUGAUCAAACCCGGGGCUCCCCAACGCACUACCUACCAGUUUAAUUAGAGAAUGCAAUUGUGCUUUAACAUCUGUGCAUAUUGCACAACAGUAAACAUGUGAAUAAGUAAAGAAAGAGGAAUGUGCUAGUUCCUGUCUGAAAGUUUACACUAGACAUUUAUCAUGGUCAUAACAUAUAUUGCCACAUAGCUCAAAUAGUAUGGAAGCAGUCUGGGGAGAGCCAAGUCGAUCAUUUUGGAAGGUUCUUUGAUAUGAUUAACUCUGAACAUAAUGGUGGAGAAACUUUUGACUGUCCCACUGAUUGAAGCCCCUAAGACUGUAUGGCUCAAAGCAAACCUAGAGAAUAUUAAAGCAGUUAUUUUACUACAGUAUGCGGUUGUAGUUAUAGUGCCAAGAGUGUCCCUCAAAAGUAAGCAGUCAAACCCAUUUGUAAAUGAUUUGAUAAAUUGCCGAAGGGUUUGCACAGAUCUUUCAUUGGCUCCCCUGAGCUCCAGCAUGGCUGGCCCGGCAAACAGGCUGAGAGUGUCAUCUGAGUGCUGCCAGCUAAUGAUCUAAGAGCCCUGCACCACAAGACUAGUUUAGGGCACCAAGAUUCCUGCACUCCUGGAAGGGGUGACCAAGCCUAGCUGACCCCAGGUAAGUCAUCACACUGUUUACAAAAGGUUUGAUUAUUAACCCUGUGAGGGCAAAAUGGUACUUCUGACACCAUAACCACUAACCACAUAGUGUUGUAUUGGUAAUGGUACUUGGAGUGUUCCUUUAAUAAUUUUAAACAUCUUUUUUAUAACCACAUUUUUAUAAUGUAUUUUUAUAUGUAUAUAUACACACACGUUAUCACGUUUUUAUUUUUAAAUGUUACAGGUAAGAUUUUGUUAAAUGCUUGCAAAAGUGUCACAUUGUGUUAAUUUCACUUGUUACAAUUGUUGUAGGUAAAUGGUCGCUACAAAUAUUUCAAUGUCAUAUGUUUUAUUUUUUUUACCAAAUCAAUGUAUUCGUUUACAUAAUUUGCAACUCAAACAUUUAGUAAAGAGACGUUGUUGUACCAAGAUAUCCCAGGUGUUGUUUUAUAGGGGCACUAUAGAAACCAAAACAGCUUUAAUGAAGCAGUUUUGGUGUAUAGAUCUGCAGUCUCACUGCUCAAUUCUGUACCAUUUAGGAGUAAAAUCAGUUGUGUAUGCAGGCCUACUCCCAUCUCCCUGCAUGUGAUUUACACAGCCUUACUAAACAUUUCCUGUAAAGAGAGAUGUAAUGUUUGAACUUCCUUUAUUGCAAGUAAACAUUUGAUUAAAAACUAAACAUUGUUUUAUGCAUGCUGUGUGAGUCACAGCCAGGGGAGGUGUGGCUAAGGGUGCAUAAACAGAAACAAAAGUGAUUGAACUCCUUAAUACCCAAACUGCUUCAUUAAGCUUUUUUAAUGUCUAUAGUAUCCCCUUAAGGGGUUAAACCAGAAAGUUGAAAAGAUAGCAUCUGUCCACUCUGCCUCUCUUUUUUGGUGAUUACCCAAGGCUUCAAUUAGGUAGGCUGGGAGAGGCUCUUUUUGACAUACCUUUUUCAGCUUUUAUAGGUUAAAGAUACAUUUUGAUAGUCAAUAUCUUGAUAUUUGGUAUAUACUAACAACCUUUAUAAAUUAGAGUAUAUAUAUAUAUAUAUAUAUCAAGGUUAGUAACAGGUAUGGACACUAUUUAUUGGAUCUACUGUGGGAUUACCAAUGUCAGAAUCAAAGUUUGACUUAUUCGAUAUCCUGUUCCUGAGGCUAUAUUAUGACACAUUCUAUGUUUAAAUUUUAAGUUCAUACUUGACGGAUGUCUUUUCUUGAAUAGAUAAUAAAGGUCAUAUUUUAAUACGUUAUUAGGCUGGAUUUCUCUGGUUCUGUAUAAUAUUUUGUAUUUUAUUAACUGGUUUCACACCAUUUCUAUUUUCUCCAGCCCUAGUUAUUCCCUUCCUCCAAAUCCUUCCUUUAAAUUAGUCUUUUUGACAUAGUUUUAUAAAUGUAGAGACAGCCUCAGACUAUCACCAGAAGAAGAGGGGUACACUAAAUCCCCUUAUUGAGAUGAAUGUGUAAGAUUCUCCAGAGUUUUUCUUCAGUAUGAAAUGUAUUUGGCAUGCUCACAUCUUUGUAGUUUUUGCAAACCCAGUACAUGUUUUACAGAAUGCUGCGCCGUAAGUCUGCUUCCUUAGCCAGUCCUUCCGUAUUCUAAAAAAUGCCUCCUCAUCAAUGUUCGUACACUUACCAUCCACUGAUAGCACUGAGUGAGCUAAACUGCUAGAAGCCAAGCAGCCAGCAUUACAAGAACACACAUAAUGCAUAGCCAUGUCGUGAUGUAUCACAGUUUCUUACCGUCUGUGUAUGAAAUAAGCAGCGUCAUUGGAUAUCCCAUUUGAGUAGACACAUGGGACAGAUUUUACACCCUAUCUAUGGUGGUCUAUUGUAACACAGAGUGGGAACGAAUCAUGGGGUCACUGCUUUUUGUACUGCUCAGUGUUGAUUGGGCUGAGCAUAGAGCCUAGCAUUGUAUGGACUGACUGCAGAAGUGCAGCUUUGCAGAAAAAAAUUAGUUGAAAGUUUAUAUUUUAACCCUGGGACUCCCUCCCACGCUGUGUUCCAUGUAGUUAACCAUCCUUGAUAUAAUACUUGGCCCAUGUGACUACUUUUCUCUUCCUACUUAUAAUAAAAAAUGAAGCCGCUUUAUUUAAUUCACAGCCAUACUGCGGUUGGUCAGGGAAACAGCAGGCAUAUAUGUAGUGGUAUCCUUAGUAUGGGCAUUCUGAAUGUCCUCAUCUGAUGUAAGCAGCUUUGCUUAUAGUUGUUCAGCUCAUGCAGUGCUGUUAGUGGCUGAGCUGUGCAUGUAUAUAUACUGAUAAGGAACUCCUUUUUGGGGAGGGGGAGAAGUGUUGUGUCUAAGAAAGGCAAGGUAUGGUGCAGAAUUCUGCAUAACAUUUUUUUCACCAAAUACUACAAAGAUUUUGGUAUGUUAAAUAUACGGUGUCAAGGCAAUAAGAAUCGCGUUACCUGAAAAGACUAAUUAGUGUUUUGCAAUUGCUUAGAUAUUCUGCUAAGUUAUAUUUGGCGGGUUUUUAUUAAUGAUUUACCUGGGGGACCAAGGCACCCCAUUUAUAAAUUGUCUCGGUGGUGGCAGCGUUAAAAUAGUAAUAUUUAUAUUAUUAUGCUUAAGUGUGGUGGUGUUAAGUGGGAUUUUAUUAUUAUUUCCGGUCUAGUGCAGACAAAUUGUGAACUUUAACCCUUUCACUACCACAACUACGUCAUGCACACUCUUGGAGAAGGGUGCAUUCGUGACAUACGGUAUAUAAUGAGGCCACAUACAUCACUUGAUGCAUUAAAGAUGAGUUGAUGCCCCAGUGUCCCUUUAAUUUUGGUUUGAUAAAUCUGUGUCUUUUUGAUCCAUAGCUGAGGAGGACAGAGACCACCUCUAUCACCCACGUCAUGAAGUUCCAGAAAAUUUCAACCAGCCUCUCCUAAAAAUGGGGCCCCGUCAAAUAAGCAAUGAGCCAGAGGAAGAUCGAGAUCACUUGUACCACAAAGUGGCAUGA